GGAAUAUUUGGUAAAAAAAUAUUUGGCAGCAUUUGUAAGGGAAUAUUUGGUGGCAUUUGUAAGGAGGUUACAUUUGGUGAUAUUUGUGAGAGAACAUUAGAUAAAUUUAAAAAAAAAUUAUUUAAUGGUUGUGAUGAAAAAUUAUUUGUUUAUAAAGGUAUUUGUGAAGUUACUUGUAAAAGUGCUUGCAAAAGUGAUUGUAGAAGUAGUUGUGAUGAUAAUUGUGAUGGCAUUUGCAAUAGCAAUUGUGAUAACAAAUUAACUAAUAAUUGUGGAUGA